AUUAAAUGUAUCUAAUUUGAACCAAUUUUAUUAUGUUCGGAAUGUUUUUACAUAUUGUUACUGAGUACCUACCUAUAUAUAACAUGUAUUAUAUUCAGUUAUGAGACGUAAUCAUGAGAGUAAGUAUUGUGGACGAUUUAUUCAAUGAAGAGUUCAUAAGACAAAGUUUUUUUUCAUAUUCGAGACUAUUUCAUAGGUUAAGGUAUUUAUACAAUAUUAAGCAUAUUUGUAUUAAAUUAAAUUUUGCUUGGUAAGUAAGGAAAUAUUUUUUGAAUAACAGCAAUAGAUUUUUGAAAGUUAGUUAAGCAAUGAAUAGACAAACUGAGAAAUUAUAAUAUGAUUUCAGGAGCUGGGUUGGCAACAUAGAUAAAAAAUUGAACUGAAGCGUAAACGUAAACGUAAACGUAAACAAAAUUAAUUUCUAGGAGUUGUGUAGGCAACUUAUUAAAAUAGGAGAGUACAAUUACAGGAGUUAAAUAUGCAUCAAUAUAUACAAAUUUGGAAACCACUGGGCUUACUUAUCAAAUAUUGCUAGUGGAACCUAUAUAACCAUUUUUCUUUUAUCAUUGCCUGUUAUUAAAUCAUGGUGGAUUACAUCUUGAUAGAAUAAAUAAUAACUGAGAAGGUGAUAACAGGCUUAUUAUCUUUGUAUAAUUCGUACCUCAACUAUCAAGUUGGAGAGAGUAAACAAGGUGUAAGCAUAAAUUAUUAUUUUGCUUAACGUUUGGAUUAUUAUAAUAAUUGUAAUUUAGUUACAAGUUCUACCCUAUAAAAAUAAUGAGAGUGCCGAGUGGGUAUUGUGAUUUGCGUGUCGAGCAUAUUAAUGCCAAUAUUAUCGAUGCAUAUGUUAAACGUAAGUAUUCUUUUCGUUUGAAUUGUUGAUAUAUCAUGGUUUAUGGCAGACACUUGUGUCUGUUAAUAUACCCAAACACAGAUUCAAGACAAUUUUAAAUUUGCAAUUCUGGCCAUAGCUGCAAAAUUAAUUUUGUCAGGAGAGGAGAGUGGGUUAACAUGUGUUUUUUUUUUACCAAAUUGUUCUAUUCCUAAUUACGGGAGUCUCCUGUUUCUCAUAUAAAUUUACAGGCUAUGGGUCUAGUAAAACUAUUGAGUAUGAUUUAAAUAUUUGACUGGUCUAAAAUAUUUAAAUAUCUAAUUUAUAUUAUUAAUCACUGUUAGGUUAGAUCAACCUAAUUAUUGUUUUGACUGAAAUUGAAUAUAAAAUCAAUAUUUAAUAUUGUAAAUAUUUUUUUAUUAUUUACUUACCUAAUAAUAAAGAAUGUGUCAUAAAAUAAAAUUCAUUUAAAUAUUUAAAAAAUUAAAAUGUCCAUUUGUUGUUUGUCUCUACUCUCUAUGCAAAGAGCUUAGAAAAUGUGUUUUGCAAUGACUUAUUUCUUGAAUAGUGUAAUAUAUAUAUAUAUAUAUAUAUAUAUAUAUAUAUAGGUAUAAGUAUAGGUAUAUAUAGGUAUAUAUAGGUAUAUGUAUAUAUCUAUAUUUACUAUUUAUAAUGUGUAUUAUAAAUUGUUUAUAAUUAAGGUACAUAUUUUGCUGUUUAAUAGAUGGGUAUUCAUUAAUCGCUGUCAAUACUACAGUAAAUUGUUCACUACUAGGAGUCAGCAGCUCAAAUAAAAAAAAAAGAAAAAUUGCAGAAUGUAAUGAUGAAGUUAAAGUUAACGAAGAUAAAGACUGGAUACCAAUUCCUAAAUCAACAAAUGUUUGUAAUGUAUGCAAUUAGUAUUAUUAAUCAGUAUUAAUUAAUAUUAUAUUUGACCUAAUAGAAAUUAUUAAUUUCUUUUGUACACAAACAUAGGCAAAAAUUAGAUAUAUUAACCUAGACCAAACACAAUGUUUUGUUUUCUCUCCCUAGAAUUCAUUAUUUAAAAGAUACUAAUAGAUAUGCAGUAGUAUGAAAAAAUCAUACUACAAGAAUACAAGUGUUUUUAUUAUCAAAAAAAUUGUUAUGAACAAAAUUUUCAACUAUACAUAUCUAUGUAUAAAAAAUAUUUGAUAGUAAAUUAAUUACUAUGUAUUAUUGAUUAUUAUCAUAUAUUAACGUAUACUAUAUACAUUAUACAUAUAUACUAAUAAUUAAUAUUUAAUCGUCAAAACUACAUUAGUUAAAUUUUAUUUAUAAUGAUAUAGGUGAUAUAAAAUAAUACCAACUUUUUAAAUUUCUCCAAUAUUUUAGGUAAUGUUUUUUACAUUCCCUAAAACAUUCCCAUUUACUCACAGGUUAUCAAAACCACCUUGCUUUAUGGUGGCUAUAUUUUUUUUUCUUAAUGUGUAUUUUUAGUAAAAAUUUGUUGAAUACAUUUUGGCAUUAAGCUAAGCCCAUGCCAUAGUUAAGCAUUGGCCUAUGUACACAAAUAAUAUAAUAUAGUUUCAAUAUUAGUAAGUGCAGUAAUUUUAUUAACACCUUUAUAGAAUUUUACAACCGUAGCUACUUAAAUAUUUACAUAAUAUUUAUUAUUUAUUAAAAAUGAUUAAAAAGUGAAGCAUUUCAAAUUUGAAUAAAUAUACAAAUUUUUAGAUGGGCUAUUCGGGUCAAUUGAUUAUUUACUAAUAAAAAUCUGGGUUAUUAGCAAGCUUAUUACCUUGAUUCACCUAAUAUCAUUCAUUCACAUACAUUCAAUAAAUUAUCAUUUUAUAAUAAUAUAAAAACAACUGAUAAAUUCAUAAAAAAUUGCAUAAUAGUAUAAAUAGGGAGUAGGGGUCAACUAUUUGAUAAAGUAGGAAUAUAAUCAGAUAAAAGAAUUAACUACACAAAAGAACAAGUCCACUUUUAUCAAUUUUGAUUUUAUUAUAAUUUUGUACCUACUAAAGAAGAUGGAUAAACCCAUCUUGGUACUAAUGUUAAAUGGCUUUCGUUUUUAGUGAAAACCAAAUUAGAAUGAAAUUAUAUAAAUUUUUUUACUCAUUCACAUGUCGUACUAUUAAUUUAAAUUUUUUUAAUAAAAAGCCUAUGUUGUAGUAUUACAUAGGUUAUGUAAAAUGGCCCCUUUCUUCAAGCUCCUCAUUGUCCCCUCAAAGGUUACCAUUCCACAAAUCUCCCUAACCCAUAAUAUUGGAUCAUUCAAGUACAGUGAUUAUAAUGUUACAUGUCAGAUUAUAGGUAGCUCAAUUGGUAGUUGUCUGAUUUUCUGGACAAGAACUGUCUCAUCACAUAGUAAAGUUACAGUUAGUUUUAAUAUAUGUUUACAAAGAAUUAUAAAUAAUUUUUUCUUUGGAUAUUUCUUUGGUUUUACAUUGAUGUUUAUUAUUUUUUUAUUUGUGAAUUACUUUUCCACUAAAAAUCUUGCUCCAAUUUUCAUCUAUAGCAUCUUCUUUAAAAGGAAUUUUUCUGGGGUGAAAUUUUAAGGACAGUCAUUUUUUGAUUUUUCUAAUAGUUUUUCUAAUAAAUAGAAAAAUGGGAAAAUGUAUUAUUUUUAAAUUGUAAAAUUACAGCUUUUUAAAGUUCAGAAUUGGUUUUUGUUAACAACGAUUAAUGUUUGUGUACAUAUAUAUAUAUAUAUAUAUAUAUUAAAUUUCCCCUCUACCUUUCUAACUUUUCACCUACAACAAUAUCUAGUUAGUCUAGCGUAGCAAGUAUGGUUGUCGAUAAUAUUCUUAUUUAUGUAUAAUUUAUCUUAAUCUUUUAAUAAUCUUGAUAUAAAAACUUAAAAUCAAUAAAAUAAAACUAAAAUAUUAGUCUCAGUAAUUAUUUAACAUUAUUUAUUGUAAUACAACCCAAUAUCUUUAUUAAAUAUCUAAUUUACAUAUUGUUUUAAUCUUUUGUUAUUUAUUUAGCAUCAUAAUUUAAAAUUGACCAUAUUAAAUCGAUUAACAAUACAAAUAACAAAUAUUGGCCAACUUCAACAAACUGUAAGUAAAAUAUGUAUUUAAUUCAUAUGGGAUGAGCCCAAACAAGAUAUAAAUAAAUAUUAUUAAAAAUAUACCUAUUACUACUACUAUUAUUAUUGUUAUAAAAAAAUUAAAUAAUUUUUUAUUAUUUUAUUCUAGUUAAAUGCUCGAAAUUUCCCAAAAUAUAAUAUUCUUGCAGUUGAACCAUUAAAUGAUCAUCUUUUUCAGGUAAUAAAAUAAUAUUUUCAUUGAAACUAUAAAAAACAUAUUAUUAUAAACAAAAGCAUCAUUUAGACCAAUUUAUACCAGAUUCACAAAAAACAUAUAAAUAUUAAGGAAAAAGCAUUAAUAUGAAAAAACCACGAAAACUUAAUAAUUAAUAUAUUCCAAAAUUGUAUUUGUAUUUAACUAUAGAUAAGCCAAAACAAAUAUUAUCCUAAUUCAUUUUCAUAUACAGUUUAUCAAAAAAAAGCCUGGGUUAUUAGUAAUAAGUAAUAUAUGGUUGGUUAAUAAUAGGUUUAAGAGUUGGUAGUUAUCUUUUAUCAAUAUAUUAAUUAAUUUUAAUAUUUAUAUUCAAACAAAAAUAUAAAUUAUCUCUAUAAACCUUACCUUCAAUAAAAUUUAAUAUAUUUAUUUUUGUUUUUAAAUUAAUAGUAUUAAUGUUUAGAUGAUAUUAUGAUUUUGAUAAAUUUAUAAACUACAGAGUUUCAUUAUAGAGCUUAGAUUUUUUAUAUAAACAAACUUCUAAUCAAUUUUAUUGAAAUAUGAAUAGUAAAUACCUAUAAUAUAGAAAUAUUCUAUAUUUUCUGAAUUUAUUAUUUAUAUUACAUUUAUUUUUGUUUUUUAUAUUUAGAACUUGGUCACUUCACCAUCAGUUGACAUAAUCAUUUGUAAAGUAAAAACUAAAAUAACUCCAAAGGACUACUCAGUUGCAGUAGAUAAAAAUAUUCAUUUUGAAUUAUCUUAUGCACCAAUGUUAAUGGAUUCUGUUACUCGGCAAAAUACUUUAACAUUGGCGCAUAUGCUUCAUAUCAAAGGAAAAUCAAAAGUAAAAUACAUAUUACUUUAAGUUAAAAUUAAUUUGUUUACUAAUUACAUUUAUUUCAGAACAUAAUCCUUACAAGUGGAGCUAUAAAUAGAUUAGAUAUUCGUAAUCCAUAUGAUGCAAUGAAUUUGUAUCCUUUGAAUAAAAUAUUUGAAUAGCAACAAUAGUGUAAUUUUAUUAUCUAAAAUAAAAAUGAACUAUUUUAAUUGAUUAUAUUUAAUAAUUAUUUAUUAUAGUAUAAGAAACAUUAAAGUUUAGAAAUAUAUAUUUGAUUUGUAAUGCACAUUAAAACUUAAGAUUGAAUUUUUAUAAUACUAAAUUAUCUCUAUAAUUUAUGUGAAUUUUGUUACUUUAUUUUACUGAAAAACAAAAAAAACAAUAUAUUUAAUAUUAAUUUGGAUAAAUAUAACUUAACUAUAAAAUCAGAGGUUUUUUACUAGGUUUUUCCAGAAAGCAGACAAAAGAAUCAAUCACUGAUUGCUGUCACUCAGUUAUUUUAAAGAGCUGUAAAGUUGUAUAAAAUAAAUAACAUACAAAUAUGUUUAAUUUUGAUUAAAUAAAAUUAAUAAUUUUUUGGGUUUCAGAUGGUCGAAAAUUGGGAAAGUCAGCAAUAAAUUUGAUGCCAAUAAAAACAACAUCAUCUUAAGUCAUAGUUACUAAAAAUAUUUCAAAUAAUAUAUGUUGAUAAUGAGUUCAAUUUUAAUUAUAUAAAUAUGUUUAGUAUUUGUAUAAUUUAAUUGUUAAUUUAUUUAUUUAUCACCACUUUAAAAGACCUAUGGAAAUUUACAUUAUAUGUAGUACAAAAUUAAAAUAAUAACAAUAAUGAAAAAUAUAAAGUAUUU